UCUGCUGUCAUCAGGAUUCAAAUAAGAAAUAAAGACUGAACAAAUCUUCUGUUAAAAUGGUUUAAUAACCUCUGUGGACGACCUAUAGGAGCAGAGCGAUGUAGUGAAAACUGUGGACCCCUACAGGCCAGCAGUAGGAAUUACACAGAUAUGAUGAAGCUUAUUUCCUGUGAUAAGAGACACGUAACUGACAUCUUCAAACUUUCAGUGUGAUCUAGUUAUAGGCUACAAAUCAGAUUUAUUUUCUGACACGCUCUUCACUGUUUCCUCCUGAUCGUCUUCUGUUUAGGCAAACUGCCCAAAAACUGCGACCCCAAAGCGACUCCUGACCCGGAGAGGUGGCUGCCCAUGAGGGAGCGUUCAUACUACAGAGGCAAGAAGAAGGGAAAGAAGAAGGAGCAGAUCGGGAAAGGCACACAGGGAGCGACAGCCGGAGCGUCAGCCGAGCUGGAUGCGAGUAAGACAGCCAGCAGUCCUCCUACCUCCCCAAGACCGGGGUCAGCAUCCGGCUCCACUACAGCACCGGCCAGCAACGUGGUCCCCCCAAGACAGCAGAAACCUGCAGCCUCGGGGGCUACGCGCAAGAAGGCACCACAGAAGAAGAAGAAGGGAGGGAAAGGAGGCUGGUAGUCGGAGGGGAGAGGGGCCGAGGGAUCCACUGUCUGUGGAUGAGACAAACAAGCAAAUCAUAAGCUUUUCUCUUUUUUCAAGUUUUCAUUUGAAUGUUUUUACUUUUGGCCGUUUGUUUAAAAUGAUGUGAAACCAAAAUCUCCCCUUUUCUUCCUCUUUCUCAUUUAUUGGUAAUGUUUUUAAUUAAAGGACAGAGGAGGAAGAGUUCCACUUUAAUGAACUUUGUGUCGCUCUGCAUAAGGUGGUUCAAAGAUGUUUCUGUUUUAACUGGUGAUGUUUUGAAGUCUCAGUAAAAUGAAACUAAACAAACUUUAGAAAAAGAAAGUAGAUAUUUCUUCAUAUGAGGUCGGGAUGAGGGAUAACAGUUUUCUCUCUGUACUGUUUGUUGUUUAGUAUUUCUGAUACUAGAACUCCUUUAAACUGCUUUUGCAGGGUUACUUAGAGUUCAUCUUUGGGGGGGGGGAUUGUCCUGUCCUGGGUCUGAGUAUCAUGACAUCGUUUUUUUGCAUCACGUUUCCUUAAAUUGUCCCUUUUACUUUAAUUGAGCUGCAAACAUUCAACGUUUAAGAGGUAUUUAUUUUAAACUCCCCGUGUUGGUCUGAAUUCAAGCUGAAUCAUUUUUAAUUCUUUAAAUUUGUCAGGUGCAUGUGUCAGGAAGAAAGAAAAAAGACAAAGAGAUGAAAGAGGUUUCCCGUUUUGUUAAAGUCUUAAUAAAACUCUGAGCAGCAGAAACAUGA